AUGACGACCAAAUCGUAUGUUAUCUCCCCGGGCAUGGGAUUCUCGUUCCGCCGAGGACCUCCUAUCGCCCUAGGCAACGUCUUCGAGGACCCCCUGAAGCUGGACGAGAUCCCUAUCUCCUUCCGGGACGCCAAAACUCUGCCGCCCAAAGUUGACCCUCCGGCGACGGAAGGGCGCAGGGUCAUCAUCAAGGACUACAGCUCUCAUUCCGGGCUCCAGGCCUGGGUCGAAUAUCUGAGCACAUUCGGGGCCCGGCUCGGCGCCGAGCAGGCCAAGAAUACCCUCGUAUCAUACGUUGUUGAGAGCCUCGAAACGGAUGCGUUCACUGGAGAGGGUCUGCGCGCAUACUUUACGAAAAGAGAGCGGGACGAGGAGGAUCUGCGCCGAUGGCUACGCAAGGGGCCGGUAUACAUGGUAACCGGGAUCAAGUAUUCAACCGGUCUCGAGUGGAGCGUUCUGCUCGCUAAGAAGAGUUCCGCAGACGGGAAGAUUCAAGCAAAGCUGAAGGAAGAUCUUCAGGCCGGCAUUCAAGCCUGGGCUGCGAGCGACUGGACUAACCUCCAGAGCGGCAGCGUCCCCGUGGAGGCCGUCUUUGCUUACCAAGUGCACCGCCUCUGGUACCGAGGCCUCCUCACAAAAACGCUGGAGUCGAAGCUGAACCGUGCAGGCGUGGGGCUGAGCGAUGAGCCCGAUGAGGAGGAGGAGGAGCAGGAGGAGGAGGAGGAGGAGGAAGAGGCAGCGGCGGCGGAUAGAGAAGAAGCAGCAGCAGCAGAGAUACCCGAGAUCGAGUGCGAGCUUUUCAAGGACUUUGAAGAUGUGGCGAAGGAGAGAGGGAUUUCGGUUUUGGCCUCAGACGAGGAAUUUGUUUAUGUAGUUUGA